UAGUUUUUGACAUCCGGAAGGUGGGGCUUUUGUUGCGGGAGCGGUUUGCUUUUGGAGAGCCAAUGCCUCGACAUGCUCUAUUAAUGCAGUCAUCAAGAUAGCAUCAACCGAGGGCAGAAAUACGAAUCCUACUUUGGUUGUGCAGAAAAGUGUAUGUCUGCGUGUGUGCGUGCCUGAGUGCGUGUGUGUGUGAGUGUGUGAGAGAGACACCAAGAAGAAUCUAGUGAUGGCUACCAGUAAAAGUAAAAACCAGAGCUCUCUGGCACUGCACAAGGUGAUAAUGGUGGGCAGUGGAGGCGUGGGGAAGUCAGCCCUCACCCUGCAGUUCAUGUAUGACGAGUUUGUGGAGGACUAUGAGCCCACCAAGGCGGACAGCUAUAGGAAGAAGGUGGUUCUGGAUGGGGAGGAGGUCCAGAUUGACAUCCUGGACACAGCAGGCCAGGAGGACUACGCUGCUAUCAGGGACAACUAUUUUCGUAGCGGGGAGGGCUUCCUACUGGUCUUCUCCAUCACAGAGCAGGAGUCCUUCACUGCCACUGCUGAGUUCAGGGAGCAGAUCUUGCGGGUGAAGGCGGAAGAGGACAAGAUCCCUCUCCUGCUGGUAGGGAACAAGUCGGACCUGGAGGAGCGUCGGCAGAUAUCUGUGGAAGAGGCCCGAGGGAAAGCUGAAGAGUGGGGCGUCCAGUAUGUAGAGACAUCAGCCAAAACCAGAGCCAAUGUCGACAAGGUAUUCUUUGACCUGAUGCGUGAAGUACGAGGCAAGAAAAUGUCAGAAAACAAAGACAAAAAUGGAAAAGGAAAGAACAAGAAGAACAAGAAGAGUUUCAAAGAGAGAUGCUGUUUGCUUUGAACCCCUCUUGGACCUUAACAUCCCACAACAUUACUGUGAAGUUGUGGAACAAAGCAAAGCGUCCUUACCAUUGUCAUUCAAAUGAAAUUUAAUCUUUUUUAAUAGCUGGUUAUAGUUUAGUGUCUAGAACAGUCUCAACCACUUUUUUGCCAUUUUUAAUUGAUGAAAUCUGAGUAGGUGUUUCAUUGGAAGAUAACCACUGUUGCGACUGUGACUUGGACUGCAGUGCUUGAUGGCUCAUAGUAAGCCAAUGACCAAACUGCCACUGACACUAACUCUGCUGCUCAAGACAGUCUCCACUGUUUAACUCAGCGAUUAUACUGCCUUUGACCUUGGUUCAGUGUGUUUUACACCAGAAUUGUUGAGUCUUUGAAAAGUCAACCAUGCUUUUAAUUUCCUUAUCUGCUCUUAAUCUUAACCUGCAUCUUUUUUGUCUUAGUAUAGACCCCUUGAGUCUCUGAUCAUUCAUUUAGAUCUCUAAUGCUGCUGUCUGUCAUUUUUGUAAUCAUUAAUGAUGACAAUGUUCUGUCUGUUGAAGAUGUUGGCCUCUUUCAUUCAUCUGUCCAGACUCACGUGUUUAUGACCUCAGAGCAUGUUUAGAAUGGCUGUUGAAACUGGAAGUUUCAAAUGUUUUCAUUUUUGAGGCUGUUUUUACAGUUAUUUUUAUCAGUUCAUCCAGUGAUUUUUUUUUUGACCACAGGAGAAUCAGACACUGCAAUCAGAAGAUUUCUGGCCAAAUGGGGUCAUGUUAUGCCCUUUCCAGGUCUUACAUGAUUACCACAAAUUAAUCAUAAAAUGCUUUGCAGUUCCUCAGGAGGAUUGCUGCAAAGUCAAAUCUUCAGUGACUAUAAAUCACAGAGAAACCCAAACGUUUUGGUAGGUAUUUUAAUGUGCUAGGUAUUUUGAGGCUGUAAUGUUGCUACUAGUAUUUUGUUUUAAGUAAUUGAGCAGUGACUAAGAGGGGAGAGUGGACCCCUUUUUUUUUCUUCAUGGUGCUCUGCCAUAUUCAUGCAAUCUGGCCUUUUCCACCUUUGUCACGGUGCACAUUAUUUCCUGUUCUACAUGACUGUUGAAGUUUGGAGUCUUUGCUGUUUCUGUGCUGUGAGACAGGUGUUGACAAUCCAGGAGGACGUCAUGCUUCUGGUCCACAAUGCCGUUAUAAUUAGUAGCUGCUUAUCAAUCGGAACCAUUCUGAUGUUCUUUUUUUUUAUUCCUGGGUCUUUUGAAUAAUAUGCACUACAUUGCCGACCUAAGAAGUGGACUUCAUGCUGAGUAGUAUCAUGCUGGAGAUUUUGAAACGAUUUGUGCCAACAAAAAUGACAAAAAUCAAACUAUGUAUGUGGAUGUACAGUAUGUGUGUUAGUUACCUGAGUGUAUGUGCUUUUACCAGAAAACCCUACUACUUUUCUGUCUGUGUGAGUGAAGCUUUGAUGAGGAUGCUAACUUCUUAACUAUUGUUCAAUUAAGUGCUACAGUGAACAAGAUGUUUCUACAACUGCCUAAACCAUUCUUUGUAACAUGUCCUCCUUUUUUCUUUUACUUCCUACAGCUGUGAGUAUGCUUCUGUCUCUCUUUAGGGAGAUUGUUUGCCGAAUAAAUGCUUUUUUCUUUGUAAA